AUGGCUUUGGGGAUCGCGCUGCGGAGAGCUCAGGCUAUCCGAUGCACUCUGGUGAGCUGUAGUUGUCAGUGUUUCAAACCUGGGAAAAUAAAUCAGCGACAAUGUGACCAGUGUCGGCAUGGAUGGGUAGCACAUGCCUUGAGCAAACUAAGGAUUCCCAACCUCUACCCAACAAGCCAGGUAGAAAUAGUUCAAUCCAAUGUUGUCUUCGAUAUCAGUAGCCUCAUGCUGUAUGGAACCCAAGCCAUUCCUGUGCGCCUCAAAAUCCUGUUGGAUCGGCUGUUCAGUGUCCUCAAGCAGGAAGAGGUGAUACAGAUUCUCCAUGCUCUGGAUUGGACAUUACAGGAUUAUAUACGUGGAUAUGUGCUACAGGAUGCUUCAGGAAAAGUGCUGGAUCACUGGAGCAUAAUGACCAAUGAAGAAGAACUGGCUACUUUGCAGCAGUUUCUUCGUUUUGGAGAAACUAAGUCCAUUGUAGAGUUAAUGGCAAUUCAGGAGAAAGAAGGACAAUCAAUUAUAAUACCGCCAACUACUAAUCUGGAUAUUAGGGCAUUCAUAGAAAGCUGCAAUCAACAUAGUCCUAACUUUUCUGCUUCCUUGGACAAACUGAGUCCCACCAACAUUCAUCCCUUUGAGAAUAUUGUAAAUAACAUGGCUUUCAUGCUGCCCUUUCAGUUUUUUAGUCCAGUGCCUCCGCCUUUGAUAGGUUCACCACCAGAAAGACACUUGAUUGAGCAAGGUCAAGACCAUAGCAGCGAAACUAAAGAUGUUCAGAUACCAUUUUCUGAAAGCAGCUUCUUAACUUCUAGUUCUGUACCAUUUCAAGUUGAAAAUGAGAGAAGCAUAAAUGGUCCAGAUGUCAUCACUAAGACAGAAGAUGAUGCCCUUUUAAGUGAUUCCAGUUCACAUAAUACAGCGGCAAAGCUUGAAAUGACAGCGCUAUCUCCAGAAAACAAAAUGAAAUCUGUUGAAAAAAAUGGCACUGGGCCAAGGAAAGGGCGUGUUUUCUGCACCGCCUGUGAAAAGACUUUUUACGACAAAGGUACUUUGAAAAUACAUUAUAAUGCUGUUCAUCUGAAGAUAAAGCACAAAUGCACAAUUGAGGGCUGCAAUAUGGUAUUUAGCUCUCUGCGUAGUCGGAAUCGUCACAGCGCGAAUCCGAACCCCAGGCUCCAUAUGCCAAUGAACAGAAAUAACAGRGAUAAAGAUCUAAGAAAUGGUUUGACCAUUGCGGGACCUGGAGACAGUAAAAGGACAGAAUUUACAAUUUUAACUGCAGACAGCAGAACUAUUACCAACUAUGCCAGCUCUUGCACAGAUUCCAAGAGUCAAGCCGCUUUCCCCAGCAUUGGACAGAACGGGGUUCUCUUUCCAAACCUAAAGACCGUGCAGCCUGUUCUGCCCUUUUACCGCAGUCCAGUCACGCCAGCUGAGCUUGCUAAUACUCCAGGUACUCUCCCUUCUCUGCCUCUCGUUUCUUCCUCAAUACCAGAGCAGCUGGUUUCCAAUGAAUUGCCAUUUGACUUGCUACCCAAGAAGAAGUCUCGUAAAUCCAGUAUGCCCAUUAAGAUAGAGAAGGAAGCUGUUGAGACACCCAAUGAGAGCAGCGAUGUCGCCAGCUCCGAAGAUGAUACACGUCUCCAAGUGGUAAGCGAUGGAGAGCUUGAGACCUGUGAGCAUAAGAUAGAGAAGCAGGUGACCCACAGGGUGGAAAAGCACCCCCUUUCAGGUAAUUCAUGGAAAUCUCUCUCUGGGGUAGAGGGCCCACAGUAUUUUGAAUCACAGUAUUUUGCACCAAAUAACAAAUACAUCAAGGAUGUCUCUGAGAAUGAAUUGCAUCACUAUGAGAAAGAGGUUAAACCAGAAGAAAACCAACCAUUAAAACUAGUUUCCCAUGAAAUUAUAUAUGAAGAUCCAAAUCACCACCACAUUGAUGUUAUAAAACCGGUGACUGAACCCCCCCUGUAUAUUACAGAGCAGUCAAAGCGCAGGAUGCCUAAAAAUGACUGCCCUGAAUUGCAACACCACUUGCUGACCGGGGGCUUUUUCAGCACUUUGUCAAACAGGGGUGCUGCCAUUCCUUGUUUUGAAGACUCUAAAGAUAUGGAUCAUGUCAGUCAACAUGCACUAGGGAUUCAGAAGGAAGAAAGCCGCUUUCAUUGUGACAUCUGUAAGAAGACUUUUAAAAACCCUUACAGUGUAAAAAUGCAUUUUAAAAAUGUACAUCUGAAAGAAAUGCAUAUUUGCACAGUUGAGGGCUGUAAUGCUGCUUUCCCUUCUCGUAGAAGUCGAGACAGACAUAGUUCAAACCUAAAUCUUCAUCAUAAGCUUCUGACUAAAGAUACACUGGAAUUCAACAACCAUUUCAAUGCAACAUACCUCUUGAAAGACAUGGCUAAAGAGUUUUGUCAAGAUGUCUCUUUAAAACAACAUGUUGGACAUACUUCUGUAAUCUUCAAAGGAUCAAGCAGAGCAGGCAGCUUGGUUUUUCCAGUGAGCCAAAUUAGAGAGCCCUGCUCUGAGAGCUAUGGAUACGAUCCAUUGAAUGAUGGAGCCGUUCUGGAUCUAAGCACUACUUCCAGCAUUAAAUCCGAGAGCAGUGCUCACUCCUCCUGGGACUCCGAUGGGGGAAGCGAGGUGUGCACCAUGCCCUUGGAAGACAGCGACGAAAGCUGUGAAGGACCCAGCCUAAUGCCCGGUGACGAACUCUACCAAGACUGUACUUUAAUUGAGAAAGCUAAUCAAAACUUUACUAAUUUGCCUUCCAGUUUGCCAAUAACUUGUCACAUAUGCCAAAAAACGUACAGUAAUAAAGGRACAUUCAGGGCUCAUUACAAAACUGUGCAUCUCCGCCAGCUCCACAAGUGUAAAGUCCCAGGUUGCAACACGAUGUUUUCAUCCGUUCGCAGUCGGAACAGGCACAGUCAAAACCCAAACCUGCACAAAAGCCUGGCUGGGUCACCAACCAGCCUACAGUAAGAUCAUGCUGAUCGGAGUUUAUUUCUGCUAACUGUUAAUCAUUUCAAUUAAGGAAUGUCUUAGUUUUGUUUCAACUCACUUGACUUCCAACCCACUUGCCAACCAUGGUCAGAUCCUUUUCUCCCACGUGUGCUCUAUAGAAGUUUCACUUAGCAAAGCUCGCUGCCAUUCUUCUGGUGCAAUUACUUGGUUUGACUUCAAAUAGCUAAGAAUUCUGUAAGGAUAAGAAGGCAGUUUUGAAAUGGGGAAAAUACUGCAUUAAGUGAAGUAUUUCUGAUACCUGCCAGGUGUUACUUGACAGCAGUAGGAAAUUCAAAUGAGAGGCACCAUCCC